AUGCAACAGCUCGCUUUUAAUAACAGCAUACAAAAUGUAGAGAAAGCCCCAAGGAGUCCCUGUUCCGGAGCCAGCGCACACCCUGGAGCACAGAAUGGAAACCGAUGGAACGAGCCCUCCAUUCCUUUCCUGCCCCGGGGCCUCUGCCACCAGCAGGACCUGCAGGUGUUUCCAGAGGCUUUAGACUCAGCCAUGCGGCAGCAGAGGCCAGUGACUGCCUCCCAGGGCUGGCCGGCUCUCCCAGAGGGCUCGGCUCUGAGAGCACGUGGUCCUCACAGGCAGAGGUCCUGGCUGGCACCAGGCCACGGGCAAACCCGGGGCUCGUGUGCCACCCACACCUGA